CAGGCCCCUCGCCCGCCCGCCAUGAACCCGCAGCAGCAGCGGAUGGCCGCCAUCGGGACCGACAAGGAGCUCAGCGACCUGCUCGACUUCAGCGCGAUGUUUUCUCCACCUGUAAACAGUGGGAAAACCAGACCGACAACGCUAGGAAGCAGUCAGUUCAGUGGAUCGGGUAUGGAAGAACGGACAGGUGCUGCAUCUUGGGGGACGAGUGGUCAGUCCAGCCCGACAUACGAACCUACGAGGGAAAACGGCAGUCUCCUUGGGAAAAGCUCGGAUCUCUCAACAGCCCUUGAAAAGCUGAAACGUGAGGAGGGUUUCACGGAGAGCUCUCAUUAUGGGGAUCACUUGAACGACAGUCGAUUAGGGCCCAGUGAAGGAUUGUCCCCAACACCUUUUACAAACUCAAAUCUGAUGGGGAAAACGACAGAAAGGAGCCCGUUCCCGUUGUUUGGUCGAGAGCCAGGACUGACAGGCUGCCAGCCCAGUCUGCUUCGGCCAGAGAUGGGGCUUGGAAGCCCGAGUCAGAUGCCAUCCGCAGGGAAAGCGGGAACACCCUAUUAUCCGUUUUCUGCCACGAAUCCCAGGCGAAGGCCUCUCCAGGAGUCAUCUUCACUUGAUUCUCUGCAGACAAAGAAAGUAAGGAAGGUGCCUCCUGGUUUGCCUUCUUCUGUUUACGCACCAUCUCCCAAUUCUGAUGACUUCAACAGAGAAUCGCCAAGUUACCCGUCUCCUAAGCCACCCAGCAGUAUGUUUGCUAGCACUUUCUUUUUGCAAGAUGGGACCCACAGCGCUUCCGAUCUUUGGAGCCCUUCCAAUGGGAUGAGCCAGCCGGGCUACGGCGGAAUGCUUGGGAGUUCCUCAUCUCAUCUGUCGCAGUCGGGCAGCUACAGCAGCCUCCAUGCGCAUGAUCGCCUGAGCUACCCCCCGCAUUCAGUCUCACCCACAGAUCUCAACACCAGUCUUCCUCCAAUGUCUAGCUUCCACCGGGGCAGUACCAGCAGUUCUUCGUAUGUUGCGGCCUCGCACACGCCCCCCGUCAACGGAUCAGACAGCAGCAACAUCCUGGUGAACAGAGGCAAUGCUGCAGGAAGCUCACAGACUGGGGAUGCCUUGGGAAAAGCUUUGGCGUCUAUUUAUUCACCUGACCAUACCAGCAGCAGCUUUCCAUCCAAUCCCUCCACACCUGUUGGGUCGCCAUCACCUCUCAGCGGUGCCAGCCAGUGGUCAAGGGCUGGAGGACAGGCCCCUUCGUCCCCAAGCUAUGAGAAUUCUCUGCACUCCUUGAAAAACCGAGUUGAGCAACAGCUUCACGAGCAUUUGCAAGAUGCGAUGUCCUUCUUAAAGGAUGUCUGUGAGCAGUCCCGGAUGGAGGACCGCUUGGACAGACUGGACGACGCAAUCCACGUGCUGCGCAACCACGCAGUGGGGCCUUCGACGAGCCUGGCCGGGGCCCACGGAGACAUCCACAGCUUACUGGGACCAUCCCCCCACCACAACGGGCCUGGGAGCGGCUUGAGCUCCAGCUAUGGCGCCUCUAGCCUCGUCACCACCAGCCGGCUGGGGGCCUCUCACCGGGAAGACAGCGUCAGCCUUGGGAGCAGCAGCCACUCCACCCUGCCCAGCACAGCCCCCGCUCAGAACGCAGAACUCAGCCACAAAGCCCAGGAGAGCUACAGAGCGCUGUCAGCAGCGGGGUUGCUGAGCCGGUCGGUCGCGUUGGGCCCUGCCGAAAUCAAGUCGGAGCACAAGGAGAAGGACGAUCCUCACAGCCACGACCCUGCCUCUUCCGAUGACAUGAAAUCCGACGACGAGUCCUCCCAGAAAGAGAUCAAGCUUUCGUCCAGAGGCAGGACAAGCAGUACCAACGAAGAUGAGGAUUUGAACCCGGAGCAGAAGCUGGAGCGGGAGCGAGAGAGGAGGAUGGCCAACAAUGCUCGCGAGCGCUUGCGGGUCCGAGACAUCAACGAGGCGUUCAAGGAGCUGGGCCGGAUGUGCCAGCUGCACCUCAAGAGCGAGAAGCCCCAGACCAAGCUGCUGAUUCUCCACCAGGCCGUGGCCGUCAUCCUCAGCCUGGAGCAGCAAGUCCGAGAGAGAAACCUGAACCCCAAAGCAGCCUGCCUUAAGAGAAGGGAAGAGGAGAAAGUGUCUGCCGUAUCGGCGGAGCCCCCAGCCACGCAUCCCGGGAGCCUUCCAGGGCUUAGUGAAACUACCAACCCUAUGGGUCAUAUGUGAGCU